GAUAGACUCCAAGUGACCCACGCGCAGUCAUGGCGGACGCUCGAUCGCCCGUGCUGGAGCCCGGCGCCGACCUCAAGCACCUCGAGUCCAUGCUUGACGACAAAAACCAGAAGAAACGCAACAAGAGCAAAAAGUUCGACGAAGCUUACGAAGGUAAACUCGAAGGCUGGUCUCCCGUCGACGAGCCCAUGGAGAAGCUCACGUUGAACCCCGUGGACGACCCGAAGAAACUCUCCAAGGCCGAGAGGAAGAAACUCGCCGCCGAGGCCUUCGCCAAGGCCGGGGGCGUCCCCAAGCGCGAGAAACUGUCGAAAGCCGAGCGUCGCGCCCAGCAGGAAGCCAACAGGCAGAAGAAAGAGGCCACGACGGCGCCCACUAAGCCCAAAAAGACGGAGACGGCAGCGCCGACGCCCACGAACGUGCGUCUGCAGUACGACGACGCCAAGCGCAUGGCCCGACGCUCCAAGGCGGCUGUGGUGGUGCGCACGCAGGCUCAGAAACAGGUGGAGAUGUUCUCCCACUUGCCUCAAUACGAGCGCGAGAGCUCCUUGUCCCUCAACGUGGGUUUCUCCAAUAAGGAGGAAGUCCACGCGGCCGUCUUGGCGCUCGGUCUCAAGUACGCAGAGGGCAAAAUCUCGGGCGGGAAUGCGCGCUGUAUCGCAAUGAUUACCGCCUUUCAGCAAGUGAUCGACGACUAUGUGACGCCGCCUGAUAAACAACUGCGGCGCGACCUGGACAAACGUCUGCGUCCGUUAAUUCAGUACCUUAUCGACUGCCGGCCGCACGGGAUCGGCAUGGGCAACGCCAUCCGCCGUCUUCGUCGCGUGAUUGGCUCGACGCCGCCCGAACUGAGCGACGAGGAAGCCAAGCGCCGGAUCCGAGAAGAGAUGGACGACUACGUGCAGAGCCGCGUGUUGCUGGCGUCUCGCGCGGUGGUCAAGAACGCGCAGUCCAAGAUCCGCAAAGGAGACGUCAUCCUGACGUACGCGCGCGCCAAUGUGGUGGAGGAAUUGCUGCUGGAGACCGCCGCCUCGUCGCCCGAGGUCGCGGCCACGCUGCGGGUCAUCGUCGUGGACUCGCGUCCGCACUUCGAAGGCAGGAAGAUGGUCGGUGCGCUCGCGAGUGCUGGACUGCAGUGCUCGUACCUGCAGAUCAACGCCCUGUCGUACAUUAUGCGCGAGGUCACCAAGGUGUUCUUGGGCGCGGCCGCCUUUAUGAGCAACGGCGUGGCUGUGGCGCGCGUGGGUACGGCGCUGGUGGCCAUGACGGCGCACGAAGCCAAUGUCCCUGUGCUGUUCUGCUGCGAGACGUACAAGUUCUCGGACCGCGUGCAGCUGGACGCCAUCACGCACAACGAACUGGGAGACCCGGACGAGCUGGUGUCUUCGUACUGCAUCGACAAGCUGCACGCUCGACGUCGCACAGGCGGCAGCGCGGCGGGGAACGCUAUUAGCGGCGUCUCGAGCAGCCACGUCUUGUCGGACUGGCGCGAUCUGGCCGACCUGAAGCUGCUGAACCUCGUGUACGACGUGACUCCGAUCGACUACGUGUCUAUGGUGGUCACGGAGCUGGGGAUGAUCCCUCCGACGUCCAUCCCUGCGGUGCUGCGUGAGUAUUCUCGUGAUGGCGUCGUGGAUGGGGCGUUGUAG